AUGGACAACAACAACUGGGAGGCUGAUGAAGAUCCGGCUGGAGAAGCUUUUCUGUCCACCGAGUGGGACAGUUCCCCGUUCCUCAGUCCGGAAAAGGAACAGCUGAGGUUCGGUUCCUUCUCGGUGUCCGAGGAUCCAGGCACUAAAGGUCCCUGGUCCCAGCGGUCCCAGCGGUCCCAGCGGUCCCAGCGGUCCCUGUCUCGCUCGCUGCAGCGGGCGGAGGUCCUGCUCAGGAGCACCUUCCACCCCAGCCUGAGGUGGCUGUUCCGGAGCCACAGUCAGGAUGAGGAGGAGGGGCACUUCGUGGCGGCUCAUAACCUGGUGUCCCGCUCGUCCACACGGCUGCUGCGUCUGCAGCAGGUCCUGCUGACGGUGGCCCCCCCGGGGCAGCCCGGCGCUGCACAGCGCUCCCUGCUGCUCUUCACACACGAGUACACCAGGAGGGUCCGUCUGGCGGCGGCGUUCGUCUCCAGGCUGGACCGCCUGCUGGGCCGGCUGAGGAACGCCCCCCCCGACGCCGAGCCAGGUCAGACCCAUCCCAUCUCGCAGACAGGAAUUGCAGAUGAGAGGACAGCUCUAACCCAGUGCUCCUCUGUCUCCCAGACCUGCUCUCUGGGCUCCAGCCUGGCCUCCCUGGUCCAGGAGCUGCGGGUCCACCUGAGCCACUGGUCCUGCCUGUUCUCCAGAGUGCAGUCGGACCCCUGCCUGCGGCUGGCCCUGGUGGGCCGGGCGGCGCUGCUGGCGGCGGUCCGGCGGAGGCUGGAGCGCCUGGGCCUGCAGGCGGCGGUGCUGAUGGAGCGCUGUGUGUGCGCCGCCCUGUCCGCCCUGGCCGUCCUGGACCUGGACUCGGCGCCGCCGCAGGUCCUGGAGGACGUCCUGGCGGGGACGGCCCUGUUCGGCCAGGCGGUGGAGGAGCAGAGGCCGCGGCUCGGGACGGCGGCGCUACGGCGGGCCGGCCACCACACGCCGGUCCCCCGGCUCGCCGGCGCCCACGCUCCUCAGCCGGCGCCGUUUUCCGUGCACGAGCUGCUGCGCAUCCUGGCGGCGCACCACGCACAGGCGGCGGCCGAACAGCUGAGCGGCUGGCUGCGCGAGCGGAGCCGCCACGGCGCCGGCGUGUGUCGCCUGCAGGGAGGACUGGGGGGUGGAGGGGGGUCCUCACUCCGGGCCGGGGCGGAGUGGGAGCCGCCUCCACGCCACUGCAUCCACGAGCUCACUCUGCAGGCGUCUUCAUGCCAGGACUGCUCCGCCCGCCGCUCCGCCCGCCGCUCCGCCCACGGAGCACCACGGCAGCGUCCUGCUUCAGCCCAGCAGGGGGACGAGUGUCCGUCUGAGCUCAGCUCCAGCAGAGUGGAGCUUCAACAGCCGCCUCCUCCCCCCGGUGACCUCCUUUCAGCCCCGCCUCCUCCGCCCGGCUGCAGGCUGCCCCGCCCCUCCCUGGACGUCCUGUUCCAGCUGCUGGUGUCCUCCAGCGACCGGCUGUCUCCCAGAUGUUCCCCCGAGGUGGAGGGUGGAGGGAAGGACGACUGUCCGCUGAUGAACGCCGCCGACUCGGCGGAUGCGACCACCGCCGGCUCAAAGCCCAGCGGGGACGGGAGCGUGGAGAGGGAGGGGCGGGACGGGGCGGACGCGUCCGAGUGCAGGGACAGCUCGUGCUCCCUGGAGGCGGGGGCGGGGCCGGGGGCGGGGCCGGAGCCCCGCUGCGCCCGCUGGCCCCACUCGGUGCAGUGGUCCGACCUGGGCCGGCCCCUGGCGCUGGCGGACCUGCUGGACCGGUACGGCUGCCUGUUCCAGAGCCUGUCCAGAGAGGCCCUGCUGCUGCAGCUCCUCACCCCCCCAGCAGGGGGCGCUGCCGACAGCCUCAACCUCCAGGACCUCCGCCGGGGCCUCCACACCCUGAGCUGCACCGGGGCUCCACACACAGAUCAGGUUUCAGAGGAGUGCAGGGCCCUGCUGGAGGACCUCAGUGAAUACCUGUUAGUAAUCACAGCACACACUCACUGGGAUCAUGUGCUGUGCAGCGGUCUGGGCUCGGCUCUCAGAGAUAAGUGUGUGACGGAGCGGCAGGGCGGGGCCGAGGCCACCUCCGCCACCAUGGAGCUCUUCCUGCGCCUGCCUCCACCGCUGCAGUCGGCGCUGAGCUGCCACCAGGCCGGCCCCGCCCCCUGCGGCCCCGCCCCCUGCGGCCCCGCCCCCUGCGGCCCCGCCCUGCGGAGCCGCACCGUGGGCCUGCUGCUGGCCUCCGUGCAGCUGUCCUCGGUGUGGGUGGUGUCCAAAGCGCAGCAGUUCCUGUCCUCCUGGAGCCUGGAUAAGUUCCUGCUGGUCACGCAGGGAGACCUGAAGAUGUUGAGGAGGUCAGUCCAGCUGCUGCUGCAGCAGACCAGGUCCCUGGUCCCGGCCUCCGCCCCGGAGGACGGCCCCCCCCAGCAGAGGCAGAGCCAGCGGCUGCUCCGCCGUCAGCUGGGACAGCUGGACUCCCUGGUGUCCGAGCUGCAGGCCUUCUCCUCCCGGGUCCUCGCGUCCUUCUCCAGCGACUGCAAGCGGAUGUCCGGGGAGAUCUUCGAGAGGACCAUGCCCUCAGCCGUCCACUGGAGACCAGGACACCGGACAGGGUUCCCCAGCAGUCCCAGUGAGUACGCGUCCCUGGCGGCCCAGACGGUGGUGGGCCAGGUGCUGGAGGGCGUGGCGCCGCUGCCGGACGAGGUCCGGGUCCAGGCGCUCAGCAUCACCAUGACGGCCUUCAUGGAGGCCUGGAUGGAGCACAUCCUCCGCCACAAGAUCAAGUUCAGUGUGCAGGGGGCGCUCCAGCUCAAGCAGGACUUCGACUGCAUCCGGGACAUGAUCCAGGCCGAGCGCUACGGCCUGUCCGCAGACCUGCACCAGCGCCUGCUGGGCCUCCGAGUCUUCCAGCAGGUGGACUCAGCAGUGGUGUGUCUGCUCCAGCAGCCACAGGCCAAGUCCUACCAGCUGUCCCGAGCCUGGGAGCCUCUCACACACUGCUGCCCGUCGGCUGGCAGCGGGGACAGCAGGGACAGCCUGGACGCCGCAGUGAGCAGCAGCAUCACCAACCUGCAGUGUGUGGAGGGGGCGGAGCUUCCCGAUGACCUGCCGCCUGUGGCUCCGUCCACACCUGCAGAGCCUUACCUGGCUCCCAGCGUGUCUCUGGGCGCCGUCCAGCAGCAGUGGUUGGACCUGAGGAUCCAGAACAGCGCUCGUCGCUGGAGGUUGCCUGGACUACAGUGUCUGUCCACGUCUGAGUCCUGAUGUCCUCCAGAGAGACGUGUUCUCUGGUCCGUCCACAGACGGACUGAGCUCCGGCUGUGAUCCAGUGGGACGGGUCUCUCCUGGUCUGAACAGAUCCUCUCAGCUCCUGCUCUCCUCAGUAAAAUGUGAAUUUUUAUGACGAGCCUGUAACUUAUUGAAUGUCUGCUGAUCAUGAUUGUUUUUAUCACUGAAGCACAAAUGUAUUUUAUAUUCCUAAAUAAAGUUUGAUUGA